ACGCGCCACAGUGUGGCUGGGACGUGAAGCCGGCGGUCAGUAAGGCACCUGAAUCAAUCAGGCAGGCGGGCAGCAGCAAUAGCAGCAACACAUAAAUCUUGGGCCGACAGCUACUAGGAGUGGUCGUGGAAACAGCAGCAUGGCUGGUGACAGUGAGCAGAGGCUCCAGGGAGAUGGGCAGUCUGGAGGCGGAGGCAACGAGCCUUUUCUCAUCGGGGUUAGCGGGGGAACGGCGAGCGGAAAGUCCUCUGUCUGUGCCAAAAUUGUCCAGUUGCUGGGACAGAAUGAGGUGGACCAUCGCCAGAAACAGGUUGUCAUUCUGAGUCAGGACAGCUUCUACCGUGUACUCACCAUGGAGCAGAAAGCCAAAGCCCUCAAGGGCCAGUUCAACUUUGACCACCCAGAUGCUUUUGACAAUGAGUUGAUUCUUAAAACACUCAGGGAAAUCACAGAGGGGAAAACAGUUCAGAUACCAGUUUAUGACUUUGUUUCCCAUUCUCGCAAAGAAGAAACAGUAACCGUGUACCCUGCAGAUGUGGUGCUGUUUGAGGGCAUCCUGGCCUUCUACAACCAAGAGGUCCGGGACCUAUUCCAGAUGAAGCUCUUUGUAGACACAGAUGCAGACACUCGGCUCUCCCGCAGGGUUCUCCGAGACAUCAGUGAGCGAGGCAGGGACCUUGAGCAGAUCUUAUCUCAGUAUAUUACCUUUGUCAAACCAGCCUUUGAAGAAUUCUGUUUGCCUACCAAGAAAUACGCCGACGUGAUUAUCCCAAGAGGGGUAGAUAAUCUCGUGGCCAUCAAUCUGAUUGUGCAGCAUAUCCAGGACAUCCUUAGUGGAGGCCUUGGCAAGCGCCAGCCCAAUGGGUACCUGAAUGGCUAUACCCCUCCCCGUCAGCGACAGCACUCGGAAUCCAGCAGUCGACCGCACUGACCUCAAGGCUGCAGUGCCCUGCAUUGCUGCCCUUCUUAUGCACUGCACUCACUUGGCUCAUCCUGUAUUUAAGAACCCCUCCUCCCCCUUGCAGGGCUUGAUGGCUUUUCUUAUCUCUGCUGGAGAGACUGAUGCAUCUGCACAGAUGACUCUUGCUCCCAGAGCCAGAUCUCACCUGCCGGUAAUGGCUUUGCUCCGAACUCCACCAUGGAGGAAAGAGGAUUGAUGAUCCUUACUAAUAAAGUAAGGAUACAGAUUACUUGAAUUCUGUGCAGUGGCAAGAUGGCAUCAUGCUUUUUGUGGCAAUGCCAUGCUAUUCUUGAGGGACACAUGAAUAUCCCCAACUGAUGGGGAAGGCAGAGAAUUGAACGAGAACUGGGUGGCCAAACGGCCCUGUCACUAUCAUCAAACAGCAUCUGAACCUCAAUUUGGUAUUAAUGGUUGGAGCAUACAAGAGUGAGGGUAGGGGUUAGCAAAGUAGUCAUUUCUCUCAGUAAUCAGAAAUUUUGCUUGGUUUUUGACUUGCUGGAGUUCCAGGCUAGGGCAGAGAUGGUGGAGGUGAAAGAGGAGGUUGCACCCGAUGUUCUGAAGUCUAAUCUUUUGGACUGGGCAAGCAACACUUUCUCUGUAGCUUUGCAACUUUCCAGCUAACUCUGAUGUGAUGCAGUGAGGCUGAAAUAUGCCAGGGUGCUGCUUGGUCUUAAGCAUUCAGCUAAGCUAAAGUUAGUAUGAGUGACACAUACUUCCCACGAGUUCCUGGUCAAGCCUGGGAACUAGCAUCCAGUUGAUCUCUCAGAACAAGACUGCUGCAUUUCAAUUCAGCUGAUGCAGAGGACAGGAUUGCCCAGUUUCCAUAACAGCUGGGUAUGUAACUUUGACCUGGGUGGAUGGGGUUGCUACUGAGCACUUUUGGAUCCUAGGAAUGCAGGAGAGGACCAGUGCAGCGGCAAAGGGGUGCACCAUGGUGCUUACUUAUAGGGCUUGUGCUGAUGCAUACUGAAUUGCUGCCUGUCAGCAGGAUAUUCAUGCCAAGGCUUUUCUCAUGGCUGACAAGACAAAGCCAAAUGGUAAGAGCCGUGUACUACCUACUCCAGGCUUCUCCUUGCAGAACUCUCUCUCUCUCUCUCUCUCUCUCUCCACACACACACACACACACACACACACACACACACACACACACACACUCUUACUUACUUACUUCCCUCUGCCAUGGAAGGAGAGGAAAGAAGGUUUCAAGCCAUCCUCUUUGCCUGCAAGGCUAGGAAGCCAGGGAGGCUUGGAUGGAGAUCCUGCAUGGUGGUGUGGGAUGGGAAAAUUCCUAGGGCGUUGUGCUCUGUCAGUGGUGGCUGUCUUUGCAAUAUGAUGUCCUUCCCUUCACCCUCAAUAAAGAUGUCAUGCAGUAUGUGUUGUGGCUUUUGUGUAAAACUUAAUGCAUUAAGUGUAUGAUGGUAUUAGAUUUUACCAAGCAUAAUGUCAAAGGCUUUAGAAUUCUGCACUUAAAAAUAUGCCCUGGAUAAAACAUACAAGGUUGUAGAAAUACACUCUAUUGACAUACUUGAUACAUGUAAAAUUGAAUGAUUUUUUGCCUUACAAAACUUAAGGUGUACUCUCUGUGAAGAGCUGUGAAUGAAGGAUUAAGUGUGGGAGAAAUGUUACGGAAGGCAUAAAACUAAGAAAGGUGAUGUAAGGGAAGGGAGACCCAGAUCUGGAGUCAAUCUGGUAUUUGUGUUCAUUCAAGCCACUGAGCAUGGGAAUCCCAAAUCCAGGUUUUUCUCUCUAAUCUUGAGUGACACAAACUUGCUCUUAUUU